AGAGGUUGUGUGGGCAGCUGACACAUCACUUAGUUGCUUUAAAAGGAUAAGAGCUAGAGAAAAGUUAGGAGGGUAAAAAGACAGAAAGAAGGGGAAAAUAUAUAUAUAUAAGGUAAAAAGGAGAGGAGUUUUUCAGUCGAGAAAUCUAUUCAGCAGACUGCAGUAACUUUAUUUUGUGUCUGAGGGACUGAGUCCACCCAGAGGACAGACCUCUUUGUACCCGCAGAGAGCAGGCUGACACACACCAUGGCCGACAACGUGAAUGAGGAGUCGGGGGAUUAUAUCCCGGGGAAAGAUGAGCUGGACUGGGGCUACGAGGAAGGUGUAGAGUGGGGACUCCACUUCCCAGCAGCCAAUGGGGAGUACCAGUCCCCCAUCAAUCUGAACUCCAGGGAGGCCCAGUACGACCCUUCGCUCCUGGAUGUGGGCUUGUCCCCAAACUACGUGGUGUGUCGGGACUGCGAGGUGAUCAACGAUGGACACACUGUGCGCAUCCUUCUCAAGUCCAAGUCAGUGGUCACUGGUGGUCCGUUGCCCAGCGAUCAUGAGUACGAGCUUCACGAGGUUCGAUUCCACUGGGGAAAAGAAAACCAGAGAGGAUCAGAGCACACUGUUAACUUCAAGGCGUUUCCCAUGGAGCUCCACCUGAUCCACUGGAACAGCACGCUCUUCAACACGCUGGAGGACGCUCUGGGCAAGAAGAACGGCGUCCUCAUAAUAGCCCUUUUUGUGCAGGUUGGUAAGGAGCAUCUGGGUCUGAAGGCCAUCACUGAAGUUCUACAAGACCUGCAAUACAAGGGCAAGAACAAGAUAAUUCCCUGUUUCAACCCCAACACUCUGCUGCCUGACCCGUUACUGAGAGACUACUGGGUGUAUGAAGGCUCGCUGACCACGCCGCCUUGCAGUGAGAAUGUGACCUGGAUUCUGUACCGCUACCCUCUCACUAUCUCGCAGCUACAGAUCGAAGAGUUUCGGCGGCUACGGUCGCACGUCAAAGGGGCAGAGCUGCCAGAGGGGAAUGAUGGCAUGCUGGGGGACAACUUCCGUCCCACCCAGCCGCUGAGUGACCGGACGGUUCGCGCUGCUUUCCAGUGACUCUCACCCCCAUGUGCUCAGUCUGAAAAAGACUUUGGGACUUACAGAUAUGACGAUAGAAGGAGAGAAGAAAGCGGAGGUGGGAAAAGGGAGAACAUAGAAGGACAGAGGAGCAGUUGAUGGUGGCAGAAUGAAGGUGGACGGACAAAGAAGCUAUUGAUCGCACACCUUCACUGCCUGCUGCUUUUGUGUGUGUGUGUGUGUGUGUGUGUGUGUGUGUGUGUGUGUGUGUGUGUGUGUGUGUCGAUCAGAUGAUGGAUCGCCUCACAGACGCUGAUCUCUGCUGUCAAAACAAAAGGAAGCGUGAACCACGAACACAAUGUAACUCUGAAAAGCACCAAACACACGUUGUCUUCACAAUAUCUUUGUACAUCUGAGGCUUUGAAAUCAUUAGAUUCAGGCUGUAAAUAUGUUUGUAUGUCAGCAGAUCCAGCUUUGAAUCAGCAGCAAUUAAAUGUCAUUCCUUUCAGUGAUGCAUGGCUCACGGAGCUCAGAUGAUGUGAAUCAAAAACUACAGACUGAUCAUUGUUGACUCUCAUGUUUACACUGCAGUGGUGGGGAGACAAUAAUAAGUAUUAGGCAGUGUGUCAUAUAGAUCUGUUUCAACUUAGCUAAAAAAGAAAAAAAAGAAUGAAAGUACAAAGUGGAUUCAUCCUUUUUGAGCCUGAAAUUCUUUGAAAAUAUCAUUAUUUACUGGAGAGAAAAAAACAAAAACAAAACAAAAUCCACUUUUCCUGAUAAUAAUUAGAACCAGUCACUCAAUAACGUUCUCUUCAACUCAGUACUUCUUAAUUCAAAGGUGCUAGCGAAGGAAAUCCACAUAAACGUUACACAAAACACAUCAUUACAGCAACACGUUGCUGUGAGAAUGAGAAUUAACAUGACACAGAGACUUUCCAGUGAGACCUCAAACAGCCCCGUGCAUGUUGACCUGCUUUAGGAAACGCAGACCUGAUGGGAAGGAGCGAUGCACUGCAGAGAUCAGCAGUAACUCACAAGAAGCCACUUUGUUCAGCAUAAUAAACUCAGAGCAGCAGGAUGAGUGACCUUUGCAGAGAUCUUUAUUGUAGCUUUUUCUCUCAACUCUUUCAUAUGUUGCCUUCACACACAGGAUAAUAUUUUAGUCAUACAUACGGGAACUGGGGUAGUUACCAGCUUGGAUGCUCCUUUUUCCCAGUUUUGUGCAAUGUGACUCAUAUUAUUCAAAUGAUUAUCUCUGUUAUUUUCACUGUAAUCAUCCAAAAACUGUGAAUCUGGAAUCUUUUUUCUUCUCUCUUUUGGAUAAAAAUUUCUCCUGUGUACCUUGCAAGAUGUUUUCUCACAAUGUGCAGUUUUAAUAUUGAUUAUUUGAACCAAUAACAUCCACCUGAAGCCCUCUCCACCCUGCCACUCCCUUCACAUCAUUUUAGAAAGCAGCACAGCUUCAGUCACUGAUUUUAUAUGUAAGUUUGUAUAUGUUAAAUUUUUAACGGUUCUGUGUGACAAACUGUGAGUGCUGAUGACUGUUACUGUAAACCAAUAAUAAACUACAACACUGACUGACUAAAA